AUGGGGUCAGGCUCCGGCGUCGGCUUGACACCUACCCACGAUUUGCGGGAUGCUCAGGACGUCAUAAGGACUACGGCCAAUGGAACUGUCAAAAUAUAUAUUGCUUGUCACAACGUCCGAACGUUAUCAUCUGAUGCACUUACUGAUGUGUACAUUCAGGAGACGAGAAAAAUUAAAGCCGACGUGAUAGGAGUAAGUGAAACAAGACGGAACGAAGAAUGUUUGCAAUGGAUACAGGAGAGGGUUCUUCUGAGCGUUUCAAAUUACCGCACGGUUGUAAGCUGUUUGAAAUCAGGAUCGCCGCGAGUCGCAAUACUACUUCUAAAAGUUGGACGGAAACGAAACUAUGAAGAUUAUACAGAAAUAAAUGAAGCCUUACGGAUUCCAUCAACAUACACAAUUGUUCAAGGCGAUAUGAAUGCAUCUGUGGGCAAAAAAACGGAAAAUGAUGGUAGAGAGAUGGGAAAAUUCGGGUACGGAGAAAGAAAUGAGCGCGGUGAACAGAUGAUCAAUUUCUCAACAUCAAAUAGGCUUCGCAUCAUGAAUACAUUCUUCAUGAAGCCUGAAAAAAGAUUAUGGACUUGGAAAAGUCCGAACGGAACAGUAAAAAAGCAGAUUGAUUAUGUGUUUUCCAACGUUCAACGAAUUUUUCAAGAUGUUAGCGUAAUCGGUGAGAACAUCAUUGCCACAACAGACCCGAAAUUAAGAGAAGCUGUGAAAGCGAACAAGGGGCUGAAAAAGAUAACAAAAGAAGUCCAACUAAAGCAAAAGAUACCACUAGCCCUUAAAGAUGAAAGUGGAAGUCGAGUGUUCACUAGAAGUGGCAUGACACGAAUAUGCAAAAGCUUCUUCAACAAACUGUACAGUUCGGUUAUCCUCAUACAAGAAGACGUUGUGCAAUUCAACCGGAGGAAAUUCCAACCUGUCUUAACAGAUGAAGUAGAAGCUGCGAUUUGCAAAAUUAAAGAACGGAAAAUGCCCUGGAAUAGAUGGAAUAACGGCAGAAAUGCUCAAGGCCGGCGUCGACCUAAGAAGAGGUGUACGACAAGGGGACUGUGUAUCUCACCGAAGCUUUUCUCUGUGGUAAUUAAUGCUGUAUUCCGAAAUUUGGAAUGGAAUGAGGGAGUCAAAAUAGAUGGAGAAACGCUCACACAUCUUCUAUAUGCGGACGAUUGUAUAUUAUUCGCAACAACAACAAUGGAGCUGCAGAGGAAAUUGGGGAUCUACAAGUAG